CGGGGUAAGCGCGCCUACCAUAAAAAUAUCGAAAACUACAGAUAUAAUACAACUAACGACAUCUUACAUCCAUGCAACAAACUAAAACACAGUUCCACUUCACAAUCACAGAUGCCUCAGUUCACCAUAACUUGAUGUAUCCGCCAUUUCGGUUUUAGUGUCAUUUAAACCUGUUACCAGAGACGAGCACGUGUUACUAAUCCCCUUAGAUCUUAAAAUAUUUUACGUAUUGCCGCAAACCAAUGAGGUGAGUACAGAAUUUAAUUGUUUUUCUUUAAAUCUAUGUCUGUAUUUUCGCCCUAGAUAGUGAAAUUAAUAAUUUUUUAUAGAAUUUAAAAUCUUAAGCUCAAAAUAGUUAAGUGAGGCAAGUGCGCCUAAGUUCUUAGUAGUAUGGCGCACUUCCCCCGAGCCAGAAGUCGUAAACUUUCAUGAUUCAGAUAUUUUCUUACCCGACGGCCUCUGAAUCUGAAAAAGGCGUUGGGUGAUGGGUUUACAGUAAAAGCCUCGUAUUAAGUCUAUAAACUAUUUUUAAAUAAGUAAUUUUAUUUGUAUUUUCUUGGGAUUUGCUUUUGAGACGCUAUAAUUAUAUAACUCGUUGAACGUUAGUGCAAACAGUAAAACCAACGUACUUGUAGUUUCCUUUGUUCGUUACUUUAUGCGCCCUUAGGUGUGCCUAAGCUCCUUAAUCGGAAGCGAUAUUCGAAGUCAAGCUACUUUGGAUGGGUGGCUGGUAAACUAUCACUCCGGCUGUUAUCAUUCAACGUCAGUCUUUAAGCCAUGUUAGAGACCUUUGGAUUUUCUGAACAACUCUCACACUAGGUUGCCCACAGAUCUCUCGACAACAAGGAGCAGUUGGAUACUUACUACAACUGGUUCUAAAAUUAUUGUCUUUUUACAGAUGGUUCGUACUUAUCAAAGAAAAACCGAUAAGCCUUCUUGGUCUAGAGAAACUUUAUGUCAGGCAAUUGACGCUGUCAGAUCAGGCCUAUCCGGAUAUGAAGCAGCGAAAACUUAUGAUAUACCUCGUAAAACAAUCAUGGACCACGUGACGGGUCGAAGGGGCCAAAAAUCAUCAACACAAGGUAGACCACCAGCCUUGUCAGCUGAAAUUGAAAUAGAGUUAGCUAACUGUCUACAUAUUAUGGAAAGGCAUGGCUUUGGGUUAAGUCGGAAAGAGGUAAUAGAACUGGUUGGCGAGUACGUUAAAAAAAAUAACAUAAAUACACCAUUUACCAAUGGCAUCCCUGGAAACGAUUGGUUUUCUAAUUUUAUGAAACGACAUAGGUUGUCAAUAAAAAAACCUCAAGCAGUUGAGAUAGCCCGUAAAAAAGCGGCUGACCCUUUCAUUAUACAAGAAUUUUACGACAUUGUCGAAAAAGUUAUUAAAGAGCUAGGGCUUGAAAAUAAGCCAGAGAGAAUAUAUAAUAUUGACGAAACAAGCUACUGCAGCGACCCUCAAAAAACCAAAGUGGUCGGCUUAAAGGGAUAUCCUUCAACUAGAAUAACAUCAUCAGCUGGUAAAGUAAACACAACCGUCUUGGUUGCCAGCAAUGCAGCUGGAGGCAAAGGGCCUCCAUUUAUAAUUUUCAAAGGUAAGCAUGUGUGGAGUGGAUGGACAUCUGAGGAAGCAUAUCCUGGCACUUUAUACAGUGCGACAUCCAAUGGUUGGAUUGAAUCCGAAGUUUUUGCAGAGUUUAUGGCAAAAAGUUUCAUUCCCAUGGUCAAAGAUGAGAAAGAGCCAACCCUCCUAAUUUAUGAUGGUCAUAGCACGCACGUGCAACUGGCUGUGGUCAAAAUGGCGAAACAAAAUAAUAUCACCAUUAUUAAAUUGCCACCACACACAAGUCACCUUCUUCAACCACUUGAUCUAUGCGUAUUCAAACCUUAUAAAGACGCUUGGGAUCAGGAAAUGGUUAAAUGGCAACGCACACAUAAGGGCGAAAAGUUACCUAAGGAUCAGUUUUCAGCGAUAGUGGGAAGAGUUUGGAAAAAUCUUAAUUCCAAUGUUAUAAAAAAAGGGUUCGAAAAAAGCGGAAUUUAUCCAUUUAACAGAAAAGCUGUAACGGAAUAUAAACUAGACCCAGAAGCCCUAAAACGAUGGAAAAAACACCAUGAAACCUUAUCGAAAAAACAAACACUCGCUCGUAGUUCACCAUUAACCUUAACCAAAUUAUGCCUGAAUAAAAUUAACUCUUGUAUUAAAUUAAACUCGAAUCCAGUCACCAUUUUGCCAAAAAUCGUUAGUUCAAAAUCUUCUGAGAAAAUAUCUUUUGAAGAUUUAUUAAUACAAUCUACCAAACAAUCGCAAACUGCCAAUGUCAAGAAAAAGAUAGUAAAAAUUUCCGCAAGUGCAGAGGUGAUAACGCAUCAGGACGUCAUUGAAAGAUUGAAACAGAAGGAAGACGAUAAAGCCAAAAAAGAACAAGAAAAAGAUGAAAAACGAAAGCAACGAGAGCAACGAGACC